ACAUAUACUCUACACAACAACACAACACAGCUUUGAAUCCAUCUGUCUUCUCUCUCUUCUUCAUUCGCAAUUAUGAUAAUGUGAAAGAAGAAGAAGAAGAAGAAGAAGAAGAAGAGACGAACAUAUCUUCGCACCUCAGCAAAGAUCCAAAAAAAACUCACUCCCAUCGAUUCUCUCUUUUUUUAGCCUUUUCGUCUUCUCCCGAUACGAAGAAACCGCGUUGAGCUUUUGCUUUGACUCCUCCCUCCUCUCAGGUUUUAUCUUCAAAGGCUUUUUGAGCUCCCAGAUCUGGUGUCACUGUCUUCUCACAGGGAUUACAAGAGAGAUGGGGAAAAAAGCUAAAUGGUUUUCAAGUGUUAAGAAAGCUUUCAGCCCAGAUUCAAAGAAGUCGAAACAAAAAUUGGCUGAGGGCCAAAAUGGUGUGAUCUCUAAUCCUCCUGCGGUGAAUAAUGCCAGUCAAUCUUCUUCUCCUCCUCCUCCUCCUCCUCGUGAGGUGAGAGUAGCUGAAGUGAUUGUUGAACGUAACAGGGAUCUUUCCCCUCCUUCUACGGCAGAUGUUGUGAGUGUUACAGCCACUGAUAUCCCUGUAGCUCCGUCUUCAUCUGCUCCUGAGGUCGUUCGUCGUGUUAAACCUACUCGAUUUGCCGGGAAGUCUAACGAAGAAGCAGCUGCUAUCUUGAUUCAGACUAUCUUUAGAGGCUAUUUGGCAAGAAGAGCACUGCGGGCGAUGAGGGGUUUGGUCAGGCUUAAGUUAUUGAUGGAAGGUUCUGUUGUUAAACGUCAAGCUGCAAAUACUCUAAAAUGUAUGCAGACUCUCUCUCGUGUACAGUCACAGAUUCGAGCUAGGAGAAUCAGGAUGUCUGAAGAGAAUCAAGCUCGCCAGAAACAACUCCUUCAGAAGCAUGCCAAAGAGUUAGCUGGCUUGAAGAACGGGGAUAACUGGAAUGAUAGCAUUCAAUCAAAGGAAAAAGUUGAAGCAAAUUUGCUAAGCAAGUACGAGGCAACAAUGAGAAGAGAAAGGGCAUUGGCUUAUGCAUACUCUCAUCAGCAAAACUGGAAGAACAACUCUAAAUCUGGAAACCCGAUGUUCAUGGAUCCAAGCAACCCGACAUGGGGUUGGAGCUGGUUAGAGAGAUGGAUGGCUGGUCGUCCACUAGAGAGUUCAGAGAAAGAACAAAACAGCAACAACGACAAUGCCGCCGCCUCGGUCAAGGGCUCUAUUAACCGCAACGAAGCUUCAAAAUCUUUAACCCGGAAUGGCUCAACUCAACCAAACACACCAUCAUCCGCAAGAGGGACCCCAAGAAACAAAAACGGUUUCUUCUCUCCUCCAACUCCCUCAAGGCUAAACCAAUCAUCGAGAAAAUCCAACAACGACGACGACGCCAAAAGCACAAUCUCGGUCCUGUCUGAAAGGAACCGCAGACACAGCAUAGCUGGUUCAUCAGUUAGAGACGACGAAAGCCUUGCUGGCUCACCGGCUCUCCCAAGCUACAUGGUUCCAACAAAAUCAGCUAGAGCCAGGCUCAAGCCGCAAAGCCCAUCAGGUGGUACCACACAGGAAAACGAUGGGUUCACGGACAAGGGAUCUGCUAAGAAAAGGCUGUCGUAUCCGGCUUCACCUGCAUUGCCUAAACCACGGAGAUUCUCAGCUCCGCCCAAGGUGGAGAGUGGCGGUGUUGCGGUUACCAACGGAGGAGGCAGCUGAGGUAUUUAAUAUUGGGUUUGAUCUAUUAAAUAUAUUUAUUAUUUUCCCACUUAAAGGAUGCGUCCGAGAUUGUUGUCAGAGUUAUGUGUUCCCUUCAUUUGGUCAUUCAUUUGUGCAGUUGUAACUUGUAAGCGUCGUCAGUCAUUUAUUUUUGCUACAAUAAAUUUUAUUAUUCGACGAUAAGGUUUACCUUUUAAA